AUGACCGCCAACAUCACCAGCGACGUCAACUAUCUUGAGAUGGCUCUUCCCAACACCACCGAUCUUGAUAUGCGUGGUCGCAAGAGACACCGCAGUCCUACCCGUCCUGAGAUUCGAGCCCUGCGGACUGAGGAAUCCAGCACUCUCCGUGGCCGCUCCCGUCACAGGUCCAUCUCUCCGCAUCGCUCCCAGACUCGUUCGAGUGCCCGUUCUCGCGCUCGCUCUCCGGCGCCACGCACCUCCAACGCACUUCGUCUCGCCUACCACGCUCGCCAGCGUGAGGCUCGCCGUGACCACUGCCCCUCGCGUGCUGCCUCGCCUCACCCGACGGAGCCGCCUUACCGCCGACAGCAGAGAACCAAGAGUCGCAACCGACCGGCUCUCGUCGAGCUCCGCCAAAUGACCAAGGCCAGCGAAUCUGGAUGA